AUGUCGAAUGCAGACAGCCGCGAAUAUGCGGCAAACGUUGGCGUGACAUACCUCGCUGGCUACAUCUUUCUGUCCUAUGUAGUCAGCACGAUGGGAUGCACCACCACGUUGGAACUUCUCCAUCGACGGACAUCAAGGGCCGGUUUGUAUAACUGGUAUCUCCUACUCACAUCCUCGAUCACCAUGGGCGGCAUUGGAAUCUGGUGCAUGCAUUUUAUCGGGAACCGAGCGAUUGUCCUUGGCGAUGGGGCCUCCGACCUUCAGAUCCUCUAUAGCAUGAAAUUCACGGGCGUCUCCUUCGUAUUGCCGGUGGUUGUCCUUCUCACAGCCUUCUACGUUAUCGGUGCCAGCGAAAAAGCAGGAUACAUUCGAAUUCUCACGGGCGGUGUACUGACCGGCGGCUCGGUCUGUGGUAUGCAUUAUGUCGGUCAAUUGGGUAUCGCCAACUACAGUUGCUCUUACGAGGCUGCGAACAUCGCUGGCGCCGCCAUCAUUGCCGUUUUUGCUAGCACCGCAGCUCUCGGUGUUUUCUUCCGAUGGAGAGCGACCUGGACGGAUAGUUGGUGGAGACGUGGGCUCUGUGGAUGUUUUCUUGCUGCCGCGGUCUCGGGGAUGCACUGGACGGCCGCCGUUGGUACGACGUACAAGGGACACGAUGAAAAUAUCAAGCAUGGCGGACAGUUGUCUCGAAGUCAGACCGUGAUCAUCUGCUCUGUUCUGGCCUGUGCUGCUUGCGGUGUGUUGUCCGCAUGUGCCAUUGCUGCUGGUGGAAGCCACAGGAGAUCGAGAUCUCGCGCUCAGCAGUUGGUUUUGACGUGUGCUUUCUUCGAUCCUGAAGGCCGAGUCAUGGUAACGCCGCACGCUCAUCUCCCCAGCCGGAAAAUCGUGGACCGCUACAUCGGUAGAACAUUCAACGACGACGAUCUGACCCGAACACACCCAGCCUUUCUCUGGGCCUUCCGAGCGAGUAGGAAUUGGCAGUUGGUUAAGGAUGUCAUUCCUUUCAUGAGAGGUCGCAUCGAAUCGGAUGAAGCGAUGAUGGAACACUACAUCUCAAAGGGCGUUGUCUCUGAUAAUGAUACAGAAUUGCAGUCGAACUUUGACGAUUUGUUCAAGCGCCACUUCUGCGUGGCUGCCCAAGAUCUUGCUGAUGAAGUCCGACAGCCGUUGCCGGCUCUGGGUAUGCUCUACGAUGAUGUCCUGGCCACCACUGCUCCGUACUCGCGCUUCUCUCGGGCUAUGGGAUAUUCGCGGCUGCGGGCCGGCAAGGGUCAGCUACUGUUCACCGUGCGUCAGCUGAAGAAACAGGAAGCCUCGCGCAUGGCCUCGGCAGGUUUCCGGUUCACCACAAUCGAGAACGUGACCUCGAUCUUGGCUCGUCGGAUGCAUGUCCCUACCAGCAUUUUGGGCAAUCAUCUACGCGAUAUGCGCGACUAUGCUACCUCUAGCCGGAACUUUGAGCCGGGUGUCCACCUGGUUUCCUUCGUUAUGCGUCCUACGAUCCACGACCACUUUGAAGUUCUCACCGCAAAGGGAACCGGGAAUCCACUGCCGUCGAUAUCGUUGCAGACCAAACGACUUCAAAUCCAGCACUUGGAAUUGAUCGCGCAUAUGGAAGGAUGGGCUAUCUCCACAUGCUUAGAUUGGCUAAAGUCCGAUACUGCCCGAUCCUACUUGGAAGUGGACGAGUUCCGCCAGCAAUUGAUACGAGCCAUGUCAGACAUGUCUUCCGCCCUUCCCCCCGACGUCAACGCCGCGUCCAAGUUCUCGGCACGCCCACUCAUCGCGCCCUGCCGCGGAUCCGGCAUCGACGAUGCACAGAACUGCGUGAUCCUGCCGUUCUGCGUCGUCGGGUCGCUGGACACACAGGUCUCGAACCCGGAUUACGCCUUCACCCCUCUACGACUGUUCCGUGUGCAACAGCAAGUGAACGACGGGGUUGCCGACUCGGGUGGAUUCGCCAAAGAACUCGGCCAGGAGCUUUUCUACUCGAACGUCCGGUCCAGUUCGGCCACGGAAUCCGACAUCACCCAAGUCCCGCCGUCCUCUCGAUCCGGCCUUCAAUUCUGGAAACGCAAACAAGCCGAUUCGGAAGCCCGCAGUAUUUCACAGGAGUCUCUCGCUGAUAAAACCAUGACGCCGGAGAUCAUGGUCCGCCGAGAAGUCAAGGUUGAUGUUGCGAAGCUGGCGGAACCUACCCUCGAGUCUACCCUGGGAAGACAUGCGUCGCAUACCACCGUGGUUGCCGGUGAAAUGGCAUCCAACACGUAUGUUGACGAGCUUUAUAAUCUGUGCUAUUCCCCGGGUGUGCGUCUACGACCGGACCCGACGUAUUCUCGUGGAUCGACCCUAACAUGA